CGCCUUAUCCCGUGUGCCAUACCUCCGGUCGGUCAGUCAGUUUGUGUGCCUAAUAUUCCCCAACGGAACGUGUGUGUGAGUUGCUCGUGUGGUGGACUGUUAUAAAAAUUGCAAAUAUGGUUUCCAAAUCGAUUGUAAUCGCUUCCCUUUGCUGCUUUGCCAUCGGAUUGGGCAGCGUCCAGGCCGAUGUAUCCCAUAUUGCUCCACAAGCGGCUCCUGCGGCGCUAGAAACUCCCGUCACCGACGCUUGCCUCGCGUGCAUCUGUGAGGCAUCCAGUGGUUGCGAUACGGCAGUUCGCUGUAACGGAGAUGUUUGCGGCAUGUUCCAGAUCACCUGGGCCUACUGGGCCGAUGCUGGCAAACCGGUCCAGCAGGGCGACAGCCCCGACUCGCAGAACGCCUACGCCAACUGCGCCAACGAACCAUACUGCGCCGCCAACACCGUCCAGGGUUACAUGAGAAAGUUCGGCCAGGACUGCAAUGGCGACGGUAACAUCGACUGCUUCGACCACGCGAUCAUCCACAAGCUGGGCGGCUACAACUGCAAGAACCAAGUCCCGCUCGUUUACCAGUCAAAGAUCGACGAAUGUAUCCAGCGUAAGGCCAUCGAGUAUGGAGCCGUCCGACAGUAACCAUCCUGACCAUCGCAAGACACGGUAUCAGCCCAUUUCACGAGGGACGAUCUCUGGAACCGCUGCAUUUGGAAAGAUUUUGGAUUGACUUCGCUAAUUUAUGCUAGAUUUAAAGCUGAAAAAUGUGUCUCCUCUCUUUUGUCUCCUUCGUUUGACAUCGACCAUAUGCGAACUGCACAAUUUCACUAAAAUAA